CCGAAAAAUGAUUGACAACAUCAUUAUCAUAAUAUAGUUGAAUUUUUGAAUAGACCAACAAGCAUAAAAUAACGACGACAAAUUAUAUUCAGUAUAUACUGUAUACAGCAACAAUAUACCAUAUUUAAUAUUGUGAUCCUAUCCACCGAUUUUUUUUUUCGUUUCACAUUCUGUUUUGAAUGAAAUCAAAAAACAAGUCAUCGAACCGUCAAUAUCAGCAGCAGCAGCAACAGAAGCAUUUGCUUGCCAAAGAAACAUUAGAUAACAAUAGAAACAAUAAAAUGGCAACACAAACGAUUGCAUUAUCGACAUCAUCUCAAUCAAAAUUAACUACUUCUAACCAACGUAAUCAUCGUAUAACUGUUCCGUCAGAAACAGAUCGACACCGUAAGGAUAACAUUAGCAGUAGUAAUAAUAGUACUGCUAGUACUAGUCCAAUUACCUCAACAACCGGAAGUCCGAUAACUCAUCCGACAUCCACAUCACCAUCAUCCGGUAAACAAACACAGCAACAACAACAACAACAAUCAAACAUAAAUGAGAAUAUGGCAUCAAAUAUGGUCAUCGAUUCUCCGAUACAUCAUCAACAUAGUAAUAGUAGUUGCAGUAAUGGACAGCUUCCACAUCCAAAUCGUUUACAGCAUCAUCGACGAAGUCAUAGUCAAAUUGUUAUCGCUUCAUCGAAUAGUCAACCAGUUAAUUGUGGUUCAGCAGCAGCAGAGAUCUCAAAAAUUCGACUAAAUGUGUUUUGUGCCAAAAAUCUGGUCAAAAGGGACUUUUUCAGUCUACCGGAUCCAUUCUGCAAGAUUACUGUGGAUGCUUGUCCAUCGAAUGCAAUCACCGGUAAUCAAUGUCAUACAACUGAUAUGUGUAAAGAUACUCUUAGCCCAAAAUGGAACAAAAAUUAUGAUCUAUAUUUAACGAAAAAUGAUUCAUUAACAAUAUCCAUUUGGAAUCAAAAGAAAAUACACAAAAAACAUGGUGCCGGUUUUCUUGGAUGUGUUAAAAUCAUGCCAAAUCUUAUACAAAGUCUUAAGGAUGCUGGAUAUCAACGUCUUGAUUUGCACAAAUUUCGUGAAGAAGAUCCAGAUAUAAUCAAAGGUCAACUUGUGAUUAGUAUGAUUUCUCGUGAUACGGCAACGACGACAAAUUCGACAGCCAAUAAUAAUAAUUCAUCACGGCACAAUAAUGUCACCAUUGCAAAUGGCGGUAAUCAUCAUCAUUCACAUAGGAAUAGUGCCAUAUUGCAGAAUAUGGUUGUAACCACAUCAUCUCCUACAACGACUACAACAACAGCAUCCGAUAAUCGUGCCAAUAAUAAUUCUAAUAAUCAAGAUGCUAUUGUACGAUCUCGAAACUAUGUUGAAGGUGUUGAUGAUCUACCUGAUGGUUGGACAGAAUGUCGUACAUCGAAUGGUCGUUUAUAUUAUAUAAAUCAUGUUUUACGCACUACACAAUGGGAAAGACCAACUCUGCCGGCUGCAUUAACUGUUUCUAAUUCUCAAACACCUAGCCGUCCAGCUUCUCGUUCGGUUUCACGUCACCAACAUCAACAUCUUCAUCUACAUCAUAAUCAUCAACAACAACAAAGUUCAUUGGAUUCGACCAAUACUGUUUCAUCAGUGAAUUCAUCUCCCAUCAGUCAAUCAACGGGUCCACAGCAACAAAGAAAUAAUCAUCAACGUCGUUCUACUCGCCACCGAAAUUAUCUUGCCCGUAAUCAAUUGCAUGAAGCUGUGAUGACCGCAUUGAAUGCUGCGAACAAUAAUAACAAUAAUUGUCUCAUUUCUAAUUCGGAAGUAGCAAUUAUUGAUAACAAUGAUAAUAACAACAGGACUAGCUCUCCACCGCCGAUGCCCGUUGGCUACGAAAUGAGAACAACACCUCAGGGUCAGGUUUACUUUUAUCAAAUUGAUUCCGGAAACAGUACAUGGACAGAUCCACGAGUCCCAAGAGAAUUAAUCAAUAUGGACAUUAAUCUUGACGAAUUGGUUGGACCGUUAGGAUGUGGCUGGGAAGUCAGACAUACGACUGGUGGUCGCCGUUAUUAUGUUGAUCAUAGAAAUCGAACAACACAAUUCACUGAUCCACGUUUGGUCUCGCAUUCUCAAAUGAUAAUAAAUCUUAUAAAAUCGUUUAGCAAAAACUCACAAACAUCAAACAAUCAACCACAACAACCACAAUCGAAUGGUAGCUCUACUAAUCAUCAUUCGAAUCACGACCAUAACAAUAGCAACACCAAAAUUAAACGUACGGCAAACGCCAAUACGGCUGCCGAUGAUAAUCUACAAAAUCUCAAAAAUGGAAUCUCAAGUCUACCAAUUAGUCAGCAACAAAAACGUAGAAAUCUUGUACAGAAAAUGAGCUUGCUAAGGCAAGAAUUACAAACAUUUCAACCACAAUCUGGUCAUUGUCGAAUUGAAGUAUCUCGUGAUGAUAUAUUUGAAGAUUCAUAUCGUGUCAUUUUAAAAUUAAGGCCAAAAGAUUUACGUAAACGAUUGAUGAUAAAAUUUAAAGAUGAAGAAGGUCUUGAUUAUGGCGGUAUUGCUCGUGAAUGGCUUUAUAUGCUUUCGCAUGAAAUGUUGAACCCUUAUUAUGGUUUAUUCCAAUAUACGCGAGAUGAUAUUUACACUCUUCAGAUAAAUCCUGAUUCAUCCAUCAAUCCGGACCAUCUUUCAUAUUUCCAUUUUGUUGGACGUGUAAUGGGUAUCGCUGUUUUCCAUGGACAUUAUAUCGAUGGUGGUUUUACUUUACCGUUCUAUAAGAUGCUACUGAACAAACCGAUCACCCUUGAUGAUAUUGAAUCAGUUGAUCCUGAACUUUAUCGUAGUUUACGAUGGAUGCUUGAAAAUGAUAUAACCACUGUAGUGGAUAUGACUUUUUCGGUCAAUCACGAUUCAUUUGGGCAGAUUCAAGUAAAAGAAUUAAAGCCAAAUGGAAAAGAUAUUAUCGUUACGGAAAAGAAUAAAAAAGAAUAUGUACAGAUGUAUGUCAAUUUUCGGUUUACUCAUGGAAUUGAACAACAAUUUCGAGCCUUACAAAAAGGAUUCUGUGAAUUAGUACCGCAACAUUUACUUGGCAAUUUCGAUGAAAAAGAAUUGGAAUUAGUCAUUGGAGGAUUGGGCAAAAUCGAUUUGGUCGAUUGGAAACAGCAUACUCGGCUAAAACAUUGUUCACCGGAAUCUAAUAUUGUUCAAUGGUUUUGGCAAGCUGUCGAUUCAUUCUGUGAAGAGCGGCGUGCUCGUUUAUUACAAUUUGUUACUGGCAGUUCGAGAGUUCCAUUACAAGGCUUUAAAGCAUUACAAGGAUCAACCGGAGCUGCAGCCCCUAGAUUAUUUACAAUACAUUUGAUUGAUGCCGAUACGGAAAAUCUACCCAAAGCUCAUACCUGUUUCAAUCGAAUCGACAUUCCGCCCUAUGAAAAUUAUGAAAAAUUAUUCGAAAAAUUAACGCAAGCAAUUGAAGAGACUUGUGGAUUUGCAGUCGAAUAGAUUGAUACUAUAUCCUUGUAAAUUUCAAAUUUCUGAUGUAUUUUAAAGCAAAUUAAUAGUAUUUGGAUGUUUGUGCCUCUAAUUAUAGUCAUCAAUUUCAUUAUCAUCAAGAUGUCCUUUGGCAAAAGAGCUUCCUGCAUUGCUCAUCUCAAUUCAAAAAUGAAACAAAAAAAUAUGUUCAUCAUCAUUGAAAAUUUGCUGUGAUAUAUGAAAACAGCAAUUCCUUUUCAGAACUUAUUGUGGUCAUUAUAGCAUCUUACCACAUUCAUUCAUGAGUACAACAACAACCCAGUCAUCAUCAUCACUGUCAAACUUUACAAAAUUUUUUGGAAGAAUU